GACACACCACCCCCACAUGUCAGUAACGCGGGAAGGCGUUAAGACCUUCCGAGCGACGGCAAUGGAUUCUCCGCGCACUCGGAGCGAAGCAGUCGGCAGUCGCACGUGAUGGGCCUGGCCGAGGAGGAGUGUGCGGCUGCUUCACGUCGCUUCUCCGGCGCCGUGUCCAUGAGGGAGACGCCCGAUUCCUCUUAUUGCCGCCCGCGGAAGCAUUCUUUCCCUUCCGCCUGGCACCCGCAUGCCCACCAGGCGUUCGACGUAAUGCCACGCCCGGGAGACCCAGCCCCCAUUUUAUAUCUUCCAAGUCCAGGACGGAGGGGACUCCUGGUUUAUUCGUGAAAUAAUUGGCUGCAUCCCCGAGCUUCAACCUUAGUCCCGCCUUAAAUUGUAGCUGCACUGAUGUGCGUCAGUUGGACCGUGCAGAAGUGCUUGAGUUCUUCCUUCUUCUGCGUGGGCCAGCUUACUGGCACAUCCUGCAAGUGGAUAACAAAAACAGCACCAUAUCAAAGAUGAGCUUCAGAUCUAUUGAGCAAUUACUUAGAAGGAACAGCAAGAUCAAAAUUUCUCAGAGUAUUAUUGCCAAUGGUAUUCAUGACCCGAAGGAAGAGCAGUCUGUGCAAGCCUUGAGGGAGUCACUUCUUGCGAGCAACCAGCUCCCAGAGAAGUUUGAUGACCAUCAUGUCCUACUACGCUUUCUGAGAAUGCGAGGAUUCAACAUAAUAAAGGCAAAAGAGAUGUUCUUGAAUAUGCUGAAAUGGCGUGAGGAUUGUGCUGUUGAUACCAUUGCAAAGGAUUUUAAAUUUGAGGAAUUUGACGCAUUAAAACGAUGCUAUCCUCAUGGAUUUCAUGGAGUUGACAGAUUUGGAAGGCCACUAUACAUUGAACGGAUUGGCUCAGUGGAUCUCAGUAAGCUCAUGCAAGUGACUAGUAUUGAUCGAUAUAUAAAAUAUCAUAUAUCAGAACAGGAGAAAACUUUAUCUUUGAGAUAUCCUGCAUGUUCUCUUGCCGCAAAGAAGCACAUAUCGUCUACAACAGCCAUAUUAGAUGUGAAAGGAUUGGGCAUGAACAAUUUUUCAAAAGCUGCACGAGAGAUGUUCAUUGAAAUUCAGAAGAUUGACAGCAAUUACUACCCAGAGACAUUACAUCAACUUUACAUAAUCAACGCUGGUUCUGGAUUUAGAGCAUUGUGGAGAGUACUAAAAGCAUUUAUGGAGGCAAGAACUUUAAAAAAGAUUCAGGUUUUGGGGACCAAUUACCUCAGCACCGUACUAGAAGCUGUUGAGCCAAGCAAUUUACCUGAAUUUUUGGGUGGAACAUGUUCUUGUUCUGCAACUGGAGGGUGCUUGCUCCAAGAUAAAGGACCUUGGACUGAUGCUGGAAUUAUCCGUGCUUCUAAGGAGCCUUCAGCAAGACAUGUAGACUCCACAUGUGGUAGGAAACGUACUCUUGGCAUGUUGUUGUUAGAGGAUAAUCAGGUUGCUAAUCAGAUGAGUGAAAAUAUUCAUCAGAAACAAGCCAAUGAACAGAUCUCAGGGAAGAUACAAGAGCUUGAAGACUGUGCUGCUCAGACCAAGGAGACCCUAGAGACACUAAUAUGUAAGCAGAAAGAACUUGGUAUCCACAUUGAACAGUUGAGGGAACUCCUACGGGAUGAUGUCCUGGCAGAGAAGAAAACAAGUAUCUAAACCUUGAAGUGAGCAGGCAAAAUAAGUCAUAACUGCAUAUUGCGGUGAAGAAAUUAGCAGCAUAUUUCAAGUAAUGAUUCUGUAACCGCCAUCAGCCUGUAGGAUCCUACCAUGCAUGUUGACUUCAAAAUGCGGUUUUAUUUCUAGUGUACACGAUGUCUACCACUGCUCUACCUCGUCCUUCCAAGAAAAGUGAUGUAUCAUGUUACACAUGUAAUUUACCUUCCUCUAAUUAUCAUGAAUAAAGCAUCUCUUAUAUUAAAUUUA